CUGCCCGCCACCACCGUCUCCUCGGCGCCCAGAACAAGCAGAACAGAACAGACAGUAUAGAAGAACAAGCCUUUUUUCCCCACGCGAACCCUCAACGGGAAGGAAUUAAAGAAGGAAAACCCCCCAACACCCACAUCUCGGCAGCAACAGCAGAGCUUCGAUUUCUGCAAGACUCAACUGCAAACUGAGCCACAAACAAGACUCGUAGAUUACCCGUCUACCCCUCUUUGAAGCUAGUCGAUCGCAAACGGUCAUCCAGUUCAGGGCACCCACCCUCCGACUCCUGACGAAAUAAUGAGCGACGAAUCGUCCACUGUGGCGCGUCCCCACGCCAGCAGCUCCCGGAAGACCCUCCCCACCUUCGACUUCACCGUCCAUACACUGGAGAAUGGCGACAAGGUAUCCACCGUAGAGAGGUUCGCAAAAGACGUCCCACCACCUGCUGUGCACAAGCCGACGGAAGAGGAAUUCUGGUCCAAAAAGGACCCCUCCAAACCUGAUCACGAAUUUCUGAGAAACCACUUUUUCCGGGAGGGCCGUCUGACGCAAGAGCAGGCUUUGCGUAUCAUCAAGCGUGGAACCGAGCUUUUGAAAGAGGAGCCCAAUUUGUUGGACGUCGAGGCACCAAUCACUGUGUGUGGAGAUAUUCACGGACAAUACUAUGACUUGAUGAAACUGUUCGAAGUGGGUGGGAAUCCGGCAGAUACAAGAUAUCUGUUUUUAGGAGACUAUGUGGAUAGAGGAUAUUUCUCAAUCGAGUGCUUCAUGUACCUCCUGAUCCUGAAGGACUGGUUCCCGGACUCCAUCUUCAUGCUUCGAGGCAACCACGAGUGCAGGCAUUUGACGGACUACUUCACAUUCAAGCUCGAAUGCGGUCACAAAUACUCGGAAGAGGUCUACGAAGCAUGUCUCGAAGCAUUCUGUGCCCUACCACUAGCAGCUGUGAUGAACAAGCAGUUCCUUUGCAUUCACGGAGGAUUGUCUCCCGAGCUCACGACGCUCGAGGAUUUACGCGGGAUCAACCGAUUCCGGGAACCACCGACGCACGGAUUGAUGUGUGAUUUGUUAUGGGCUGAUCCGCUGGAGGACUUUGGACAAGAGAAGACGAACGAAUUUUUCGUACAUAACGGCGUACGCGGGUGUUCGUAUUUCUUCAGCUACUACGCCGCAUGUGCCUUCUUGGAGCGCAACAACCUACUCUCGAUUAUCCGUGCGCACGAAGCACAAGACGCAGGAUACCGAAUGUACCGGAAAACACGGACAACAGGGUUUCCAUCAGUCAUCACUAUCUUCUCCGCGCCAAAUUACCUCGACGUGUACAACAACAAGGCCGCCGUGCUCAAAUACGAAAACAACGUCAUGAACAUCAGGCAGUUCAACUGCACGCCACAUCCGUACUGGUUGCCCAACUUUAUGGAUGUGUUCUCGUGGAGUUUGCCGUUUGUUGGGGAGAAGAUUACGGAUAUCCUGUUGUCGAUACUCAACAUUUGCAGCAAGGAGGAGCUCGACGAUAACACUGCAGGCGUGAAGGUGCCGCAGGUUAUUGAAGACAGUGCCGAGCAGGAAGCGCGUCGUCAAGUAAUCAAGAACAAGAUCCGCGCUGUAGGGCGUAUGGCGAGAACGUUCCAAGUGCUGAGAGAGGAAAGCGAGCACAUCAUGGAGCUCAAAAACGUCAUGGGCACUCAAACCCUCCCCCCCGGCACACUGGCCUUGGGAGCCGAAGGCAUCAAAGCCGCCAUCUCCACCUUCGAAGAAGCGCGCUCCGCCGACCUCGACAACGAGCGUCUGCCCCCUCUCAAAGACGGCCAGAAGGCACCCGCGCCGGCCCCGCCCGUGUUUGCGCUUAAGGAAAGCGAGGCGGCGGCGACGAAGAAGGUUAUGCCCCCGCGGCCGGCGCAGCCGAGACGGACGCCGUCGUUGAAGACGCCGCAGGGGAUCAUCAACCCGACGCCGGGGGAUGCGAGCUUACCGGCGGAACCGACGAAGUAGGGCGGAGGUUUGCGGAUUUGGGAUGUGAGGGACGGGUAUGGGAGAAGCGAGUCGUGGGAAACCUUCGUUCUGUCGCUCUACCUCCUUCCGCGGACGCGUUUACCUCGGUUUUCCAGUCGUCGACGACGGCAGCCUCGUUCGAGGCAUCUGAUUUUCUGUAGCAAGGGACCGUGGGAUGGAGAAGGAAAUCUCUUUCGUGCGUACGCUUUUGCCGAGUUCGCUGUGGGACGGUUUCUGGGCAGUUCACCACGCCCUCCAUCCCACCCUACUACACCGGCUUUUUCAUUGCACCCUCUCCUGACAUCCUCACUUUGUCGUCCCUCUUACCAUGUUGUUUUGUCUCAUACCUACAUACCAUCACUGAUUUUGUGAAAGUGUUUUUCUCAUAUAGCAUUCAUACUCACAUCUUGGAAUUGAGGCUUUUGAUCG